AUGGCUAAACAAGUUGGAAAGAAGGACAAGAAACAGUCAAUAGAAGAGGUGGCCGUCAAUGAGGGAGAAACAACUCAUCUUCAUCACAAGUAUCAUCCAUCAGAUUCAAACCUGGAACCUAGGAUCCUUAAGAAAAAGUUGCACCAAUCAAGAAGAGUAAUCUUUAUCUUAGGAGCUGUCAUAGGAUUGUGUUGUGCCGUAUUUUUCUCUACUUCAAGUGAAAGACUCCUUCUAAAUGACUUGGACAACUAUGUCAAUUUUGAUUCCUUCAGCGACUUUUUCGGAGAGUGGAGAGAUAUGGUUCCGGCUUCAUUCCAGUCAAUGAUAUCUGAUAUCAAGUCCCAAGAAAGUGACAGACAGUUACAUGGCUCGGCAGAAUCGUUCUCUGUGGGCCAAAGAAUGGCAUCGACGCUCAACUUGAAAUCUAAGCAUAACGUGGUGAUGGUUCCAGGAGUUAUUUCAACUGGUCUUGAAAGUUGGGGUCUGUCUACCGAUGGAGAUUGUCCUUCAAUCAACCACUUUAGAAAGAGAUUAUGGGGAUCGUUUUAUAUGUUGAGGACUAUGGUAUUAGACAAAAGCUGUUGGUUAAAACAUAUUAUGUUGGACCCUGAAACUGGGUUGGACCCUGAAAACGUCAAGGUGAGAGCUGCUCAAGGGUUUGAGGCAGCGGACUUCUUCAUUGCCGGGUACUGGAUCUGGAACAAAAUCUUGCAGAAUUUGGCAGUGAUUGGCUAUGGUCCAGACAAUAUGUUGAGUGCCAGUUAUGAUUGGAGGUUGGCCUACUUGGACUUGGAGAAGCGUGAUCAUUAUUUCUCCAAGUUAAAGGCACAAAUCGAGUUGAACUACUUGUUGUCUGGAGAACAGACCACUUUGAUCGGCCACUCUAUGGGAUCACAGGUGAUCUUUUACUUUUUAAAAUGGGUAGAAGCCAAAGGUGAGUACUACGGAAACGGUGGAAGUUCCUGGUGUAAUACCUAUCUUGCUGCUGUUGUCGACAUCAGUGGGUCAUCACUUGGAACUCCCAAGACUUUAACUGCUUUGAUGUCUGGAGAAAUGAAAGAUACGGUACAAUUGAAUGCGUUAGCCGUAUAUGGUUUAGAGAAGUUUUUCAGUAGAAAGGAAAGAAGUGACAUGUGCCGAACCUUUGGUGGUAUCCCUUCAAUGAUUCCAAAAGGUGGUGAUAUCAUCUGGGGAAACCUUACACAUGCCCCUGAUGAUCCAACCAACACAUUGGCUACUGAAAAUGCUUUACUAAACGACUCGGUAUCCCUUAAAGGUAGCAAAUCAGAGUCAUUUGGUACAUUCAUAAGGUUGAAGUCGGAAAAAACUGGGGAUCGUAACUUAAGCUUGACUGACAGUAUUGACUUGUUAUUAGAUACGUCCCCUGAUUGGUUUUCCAACAGAGUCAGAGAACAAUACUCAUUUGGAAUUGCUCAUACACAAGAGGAAUUGGAAAGAAACAAUCAUGAUCAUUCGAAAUGGGCAAACCCAUUAGAGGCAAGUUUGCCAAAUGCCCCCGGUAUGAAAUACUAUUGUUUUUAUGGAGUGGGCAAUCCCACCGAAAGAGCAUAUUCAUAUCACGAUGCAGAAAAAGAAUCGAACUUGAGUUUCACCAUUGAUUCAGAGGCUGCGGAUCCGGUGUAUUUUGGUGACGGAGAUGGAACUGUUAGUUUAUUAACGCACUCAGCAUGUCACGUGUGGAAGAAGAACAACACCAUCUAUAACCCAGGGAAAGUUUCCGUCACCGUCGUAGAAAUAAAACAUGAGCCUGAUAGAUUUGAUAUUAGAGGUGGUGCUAAAACAGCGGAACAUGUUGAUAUUUUGGGGUCGGCUGAAUUAAAUGAAUUGAUUUUAAAGGUGGUGGCUGGUAAAGGAGACACCAUAGAAGACAGAUAUAUCAGUGAAUUAAAGGAUAUAGUCGCUGGGAUGCCCUUGAACUAG